CGAACCGCGGGCGGGGGGCGCAGGCGCGGCCGGGGAAUGGCGGAGGCCGCGGGCGAGCCGCCCGGCGUGCGGGCCCCGGCGCGGCGCUGAGCCAGCGGGCCCAUGGCGGCCUCCGAGCCGGGCCCCGAGGCGGGCGGCGGCCCGGGGGGCAGCGUGGAGAUCGACCCGGACUUCGCGCCGCAGAGCCGGCCCCGCUCCUGCACCUGGCCCCUGCCCCGGCCCGAGCUCUCGGCGGCGCAGCAGGAGGCGGCGGGCGGCCCGGCGGCGGCGGCGGCGGAGGAGGGGGCCGGCGGGGCGGCGGCGGCGGCGGGGCCCGGGCGGGCCGAGGGGCCGCGGGGGCCCGGCGGGGCGGCGGCGGCGCGGAAGGGCGGCUCCCGGCGGAACGCCUGGGGGAACCAGUCCUACGCCGAGCUGAUCAGCCAGGCCAUCGAGAGCGCCCCGGAGAAGCGGCUGACGCUGGCGCAGAUCUACGAGUGGAUGGUUCGCUUCGUGCCCUACUUCAAGGACAAGGGCGACAGCAACAGCUCGGCCGGCUGGAAGAACUCUAUUAGGCACAACUUAUCCCUGCACAGCAAGUUCAUUAAAGUGCAUAAUGAAGCUACAGGGAAGAGUUCUUGGUGGAUGCUCAAUCCUGAAGGUGGUAAAAGUGGGAAAGCACCAAGGAGGAGAGCUGCCUCCAUGGACAACAGCAGCAAACUGGCAAAAGUCAGAGGUAAAGCAUCCAAAAAGAAGGCCUCACUCCAAGCAGCUCCGGAAGCUACUGCCGACAGCCCUGGCUCCCAGUUCCCCAAAUGGCCUGGGAGCCCAUCAUCAAGGAAUAAUGAGGACUCCGAUGUGUGGACCAGUUUCCGGCCUCGAACCAGUUCCAAUGCGAGUACCACUAGUGCCAGGCUGUCUCCUAUCAUGCCUGAGCAGGAUGACCUCCCAGAUGAAAAGCUUCUCCCUUCUCUAGUGUACUCCAGUGCAUCCAGCAACGUCCCACCGACCGUGGCUGAGGAGCUUGAACUCCUUGAUGGGUUAAACCUGAUGUCACCCAGUUCAUCUAUGCUGCCCACCCAGCAGUCUGCCUCAAGUGGCUCAGUCCAGAGAGAUUCCAGCUUCUCUUUGAGGACCCAGAAUUCAGCUGGUCAGACCUCUACUUUUGGCACCUCUCUGUUUAACCCUGUUGAUAUCUCGCUGCAGAGUUCUGUUAACCGUUUCUCUGGCCCUCAGACCCUUGAAGCUCUCCUGACGUCAAGCUCUCCACCUCCCAGCGAUGUGAUGAUGACUCAGGUGGAUCCGAUACUCCCUCAAACUGGAAGCAGGCUAAACAGCCAGACUUUUCUGCUUCUAGGUGGACAAAUCACCCAGAAUAAAACAAGCCCAGUCAACCCACGAGAAAAACCUUUGGAGCAGCAGUCAGAGUCAAUAAGUGUCAGUGCUUUGCCAUCUAUGCUUUCUGCGGUGGCAUCUCCUCAAAACACAGCCAGCAUGCCCACUCUGAAGGCCCCAGUCCCAGCACCAACGGCCCAAGCAGUCCAUCUGGGCACCCAGUCACUUCUCUCUUCUGUUAGCUCUGCCCCCUUUGGAGUGAACCAGGACAGGCUGCCCACUGACCUGGACGUUGACAUGUACAUGGAGAACCUUGAAUGUGAUGUGGAUUACAUAAUCAACAGUGACCUCAUGGAUGGAGAAGGACUGGAUUUCAACUUUGAACCCAUUCUGUCUACUCCCAGCUACCCCAACACCUCCCAGGCCUCCAACCAUACUUGGGUACCAAGUUAACUUCAGGAAUACAAAAAGUGUCCUUCAGGUUUCUGAAUGUUGGGUCCUGACUUCGCUUCCCACCCCUGGCAGAGUCUGAAAAAACAGAGCGCACUGGACACAGCUUCUCUGCACACCAUGCCUGGGGCAGACAGAACUGCCCACCUGGGAGGAAGGGGGCAAAUCUGUGCCUGGUUGCAAUAGGAAGAGUUUUGAAAAAAAUCCUGUUGUGUGCUGCGUCUCUUCCUAAAAAUCCUGACCUGCCAUGGAUCUUCUGCAGAAGCCCCGGGGCUGUGCACAUUUGAAGAGGAGCUCUGGUGAAAAUCCCCAAGCUUGGCCAAAGGCUGUUAUGCCAGACAACAGCGUUAUCCCACACAAAGGGUGCAUGUGUUGGAGGCUGCCAUAUCUCUGCCAUAGCAGCAGUUCGCCCAAUGUCUCGGGCUGUCAGAAGGGGCCUAUUCUGUCCCCACCUUGCCCUCUGGGAUGGAGUAGCUGGGCCUCUUCCUUCAGCCACCAGCCUUGUGCUUGUACUCCACAGACUUUUAGAAGAAUUGGAAGGAGCCUCUUGGCAGAAGCCUGGUAGGAAUAGGGUAGGGUGUCAGAUGGAUUGGUUUCAAAGUACCCCACCAUUCUGCACCCAUCUGAAGGGUUGGGCGGGUGGCAGCCAGGGAGGCUUCCCUUUGUUCACCUAGGCAGAAGAGGAGGACAUACAGUUUAAUUUCACUGUGCCAAGUGGGCCCGUUGAAUGCGUAGCAUGUUCUAGAGAAGUCCUGUGCUGUUCUAAGCACUUUCCUGAUACAGCAGGCUGCUGGAAAGUAGACACAGGUGCUGAUUGCUGUUGCUGGGACUCCAAAACAUCUUUGGGAGUUUGUUUCUGGGCUGUCUUGGUACAGCAGAGAAAGGGGAAGCCUGGGUGUGGCCUUAACAGAGCCCUGGUUGCUUUUCAGAAGGGCAUUUUCUAUAGAUGAAAUAUUUUUUUACUAAUCUAAGGGCUUUCUGUAUUGAAAGCCAAUGUAACCACGUCUCCCUUGGCUUACUGGGUAUCUCUCCCUCUAAGAAGGUGGUACCAAUAGCAGAUUUGCCUUUCAAAGCCGUGCUGAGAAUAAAUACACUUGACAUUCAAUUAUGUGUCUGACUGGGGGAAGAACUGGCAGGCCCCCACAGUUUGGAACCAUGUGAGGAGGGAGUUGUACAUUUCUUGUAAUCUAUAUGUAAAACUAGCUACAAAUUAGAAGCUUUUUCUAAACCUUUUAAAAUAUAUAUAUUUUAUAUAUAUAUUUAAAUUGAGAAACAAGAUUAUUCACUUUUUUUUUUCUGCAGCUUUAUCCUGUUGAUACCACAUGAACACUACAGUGAGGCUGGGAACAAGCCUGGGGUUAUGGAGUGUGAAUACAGUUUGGGAAGGGGUGGGGGAGACACUUCAGAGUGUUUGGGGAAUAGCCACACUCUUCAAAUCAAAUGGGAGAGGUGUUUACAGAAAUCAGACUGCUGCAGAUCAGUCUCUGGCCAUGUGAUUGAACAUUCCCACUAAGUAUCCCCUAACCUUGUGCUCUUGGCUAAUCAUUAACAGGGGAUAAGCUGGGUAUGUUAAGCCCUAGAGUAGCUGGGCUGCGGCUGAUGCUUCAGAGGCUUAGGUUCCCUAACCUCUUAAUGAGGGAGGCUGAUUUGAGCCAGGCCUGCUGACAUUCUGUGCAACCUUUGUCCCCCACUAUUUUGAGGCCAGGAGUUCAGUCCGCUUUAGUAGCUGACAACCUGGUUGUCCUGGUUUCUAUAGCUUUUCCUUUUGUUACUGAAGUUUUUCUGCUACUACUUGCUAAUUCUAGUCCUGUAGGCAAUGCUGGAGGAAUCUGAUUGGGGUUCUGACCUGUGGACAGUUUUUGUCCCUGGCCAGGACCUGAAGGGGCUAUGAGGGUCAGCUGGCAGUUUUCUUUCAGCCUUUGGGUGUUUGCGGUGGUAGGAUUUCGGGGAGGGGAUGAUUCUUUGCAGUGUUCUAUCUGAUUUGUUAAUGCAGAAAGUCUCUAGCAUUCUUUCUGCAGAUGGUAGAUGAGACUUCUUGUGGAAGGUUUAUGUGGUGAGGUGCUGGAAGUUUGCAUUGCUUUGCUGCCUUCUCUGCAUGUUGUUUCAGGGUUUCACUAGAACUACUGGAGACCUGAACAAGAAUGGUAUGUCUGGCCACCCAAAAUGAGGCCUCUGGAGCAGUCUUGCCUUGAGCCUCAUCUGCCACUAGAUCCUUUUGGGGAACACUCAUUGGAAACUACUUUAAGGCUUUCUCUUUACUGAAGACUUGAGUUCAGCUGUGCGUUUUCACAGUAACAUGCCCUGGGUUCACACAUCCACAUACAUCUUGCUGUACUGCCUGGUAAGGCAACCAUCACACUCUGAACAAUAGGCAGACCUGGAGUUAGCUUAUCCCAUGCAUUGCUAAACUGGGGUAAUGGCAGUGAAAACAUUUAGCCAUGGUCAAUCAGCGCAACUGAUAGAUGAUAGUCCUCCAAUCCCUUCCCACAAGCCCUGGGCAUCCUGUCCUGUGCACUAAUUGUGCACAUUAUCUUCAUAAAGAACAGUGGCUGAUGGUCUGAUUAUUAGGGCAAGCUGGAUCCUUUCCUUUGGCACCUGACCAACCAUACCAGCAUGGUUAAUGCCACCAGUGAAUUUCCCGGGCCUAGACCACUUACUCCUACAAUCGCCAGCGUGGGUAGACACCCUGUGAAUGUGAGAAUAGAACAAUGCAGUGAGUUGUGGCACUAUGAAUCUCAGAAUAGUGCCCACGUUAGCUGUAUUGCUUCUCACAGCCACAUAGAGCACCAGUGGGGGUGUGACACAGUGUGCUGACAUUGACAAUGUGUUUGUGCUUUAGUUGGUUAGGCUAGCAUGUGUUGACUGACCCAUGAUGGCUUACGCUGUGGUUAGUCAGCAGUGAAGACAAAGCCUAAAGGCGCAGGACUGUACUGUUAGUUACCAGUACCUCAGACCUACAAACCCAGUGCAAGCCAGAGCCAUUAGUGAGCAUAUCUAUGCGUUGUAAGCAGUCUGCUUUAGAGCUUCCUUUCAAGUUGUCCAGUUCAAACAGCAGCAUGUUAGUGCACUAACCCACUUGGGUGCCUGUUACAGCCUGUGGGCCAUGGGGUCUGUGCAUUGAUAUUGCACUCCUGGGAGCUAGGCAAUUAGGUGGCUUUUCUCACAAAUGUGUCUUGCCUUGACCCAUUGUAGCUCUAGGAGCGAGCUGCAGUCAGGCCUAGUGAGAGUCACUGGAAUUGCUGCUUCACUGGCUUUAAGAGAUGGAGUUUGUUGUAGCUGCUGCCUCUCCCUGCUGGACCCUUGCUGCACCGUCUCUCACUGGGAUACUCUCACAGAGCACUUACUGCACUUAGGGUGGACUGAGACCUGUCCCUUGGGGAGUUAAAUGCCCACUGAGAAGCAGACUCCAAGCCUCGCUGCUGCUGCCGCCUCUUCCUGGUGUCUGGAACCCGAACUUCAGCCAGACUCUCCAUUGCUCCACCCGGAGACGGCCACAGCAGGAAGUGACCAGUAAUGCUACAGCACGUCCCUGUACAGCUGCAUCGGGCAUAGGCGCAAAUGGUUUAUCUCUCGGUAUCUUCCCUGGCAGCUAAGCAUUUUGACAGCGUCAUCUGCCGGGGGCAGAACAGGCGGUGGUGCUUGUGUCCUGCCGCUGUCUCUGGCCCAUUCAGGGUUUGCUUUCCAUCUCCUCACUGCAGCAGCAAACGGCAGCUUUUGAGGUUCACGCUCGGUUGCUCAUAGGUGUUAAGAAAGCCAGUAUGGGAGACUUCCAGUGGAGCCAAAAGCAGCAGGGUUCAGCCUACUGUGAAGGUGGCACUCCAUUAAAAGGCAAAUCAGCCCUUCUCCUGUACAAGGGCAGAGUGGUGGAUCUAGUGAAUGGGAAUGGAUGAGGGCAAGGGGAGGAAGAAUCUGGCAGUUGAGCCUCUUAUGCCCUUUUCCAAACUUCUGACUAGCUCUGUCCAUAAAUAUUGUACUCCUGUAGCCUUGAGCAUUGCCCCUAGUGCUAGUGGGUAACCUGUAGUGAAGCGUCCAGCCCUCAUUCUGAUGUAGGGCCUGGUGGAGAAUUCCAUGUAUAGAAUCACUUUACAUAGUGUGGGUGGGGGACAGCUGUGUUCUGAGGUGCCCCUGUCCUUCUGGGUGCGUGCCUGAGAGAGUUAGCAGGUAGGGGAUGCAGGGCUGUAAGCACAAGGCCUGAUAUAGUAUGGUGCUGUGUGGUGUCUCUUCAUCCUUAUAGGCUAGUUGAGCUCAGGCCAAACUUAAUUAUUCCAUUCCUGGAUUCAACCACAAUUGUUCAUAGUGUCGAGCUGCUCAGUGCCACGAAGGAUUCUGUGCACUAUCGGCCUGUGGAGCCAGCAAGAGGCAAACCCAUUGCCUUUGUGUACACCUGCGUUCAGCAGCCUCCUUGAGGCACUCUGUGGAUCUGUGAUACCUUCAAGUGGCCCUAGUCUUACUGUCACUAACAACUCUGAAUAGCCAAAGCUUAUUGGAACCCUUCACUCUCCCCUUUGUCAGGUUGUCACUUCAUGCUACACUGUCUUUAAAUUAGCAAACAAACCAUCCUGACGAGAAACUAAAACAGAGGGUUCUGGAGACCGUGUAUCUUAUAAAUGAUGUGCAUACUAGAAGCAUGCAGCACUAAUCAGCUUUUCCAAAGGAGAUGCCUAGAAAGAUUUUAUUUAGGCCAUGAAUUCUUAUUUUUAAAUUUAGUUGCUUAUUUAUUGUCCUGCUCCAAGUGGUAUUGCCCUCAGAAGUCCCUGUGCAUUGCAGCGUGGACCUGGGGGGCGCUCAAAAGGCAAAGGCACUCAUACCAGUGUGAUGCAGUAGCUCUGAAAGGACUGUCUUGAGCCUUGUUGGUUUAUUUCUGAUCAAAAUAAAGUGAGAGUUUGGAUCCAUCAUUUAUAGUUGUGGGACAUGAGCAUGAGGGGGAUAGUUUGGGGUUCAGGUCUCUUCCCCCUACCCAAACUCUGUCUGAGGUAGGAAAAUGGAUUGGUGUUGUGAUUACAUUAAAAAGCUUGAUGAUGAUAAAUUAAAUCCUUGAUCCACUGUGUAAGGCUGUGUCUAUGUGGAUGGUACCAUGUUGAGUACAGACACUGCGCACCCCGCUGGCAUGAUAGCAGUGUGAAUGGUGAGAGAGAGUUUAGGCAACUAGAGUACCCUGAACGCCCAGGGUGUAUACCCUACAUGUUUCUACACACUGAAGCAGUGCCUCCCAUGUCUACAUUGCUGUUUUUAGCAGUGUAGUGUCCUGCUACCUCCCCACUGCAGGGAAAGGUUCUUGCGGGGAAAGGCUCUGGGAGCUCCCUAUUGCCAAAGCCUUUCAUGUGCCAUGUAGCCACAUGGGUAGUGCCUGUACUCUGCAUGCUGCUGUAAUCAUAGACGUAGCCUAAAAGAUGGAUUUCGUGGAGAGGUCUGUCCUUGUGAUAAUCCGUCAGUGCAUGGAACCCACUGCCACCCCUCCUCUCCACGUGCAGUAACACGUUCUGUGGGAAAAGGGAUCCCUCUCAAAGCACCAAGUCUACUUCACUCCCUGUGCCAGGGUACAUCCUAAGGGAAGAGGUUCUGCAUGGGACAGUCUGAUUUAGUCAUUGUGCUGACAGAAAUGGGUGGUGUCAGUGACUGACUGAUACACACCUUGGUGCUGAGGUGAAAGGAGGGAGCCCAGGUGUAUAAAAGGCCAAAAGGGUGAAGCAGCUCCUUGCAGAGCUGUGUUCAUGGUGGUCUUGCGAAGGCUAUUGACAGCAUGUUUCAUGGCAUGUAGCUUGGGGAUGUUUGCAGUCAGCUGAGUGCUGUAUGGUGAAGCACCAGCAGUGCCUAGAGGGGGAUUUAGAUGCUUGGAGGAUAAAUCAGUUUGGAAGGAGGCUUUUUCAUUAUCCUGCAGAGAUAGGAAAUGGUCCCAUGAUCUACUCUUUCCAGGACAGUAUUGUAGUCAUUCUCCACUCCUUCUGGACGAUGGCCCCAGCCUCUUUGCUCUCAUGGUGGGAUGCCUGCACCAACAUGUUAAGAGUGUCAGCCUGUUGCUCACAAGCAGGGUUUCUCUGUUGCUGGCACAGACCCCCCGUUCCCACAGCGUAGGCAGCACCGGCUGGCAUAGGUUCCCACACCUGCCCCAGCUGCACUCUCGUUCAGUCAUUUCUCAUGAAGUUUUUUACUUUUUAAAUCUCUGCUUUUUGUUUGCUCUCCUGGUGAUUUCCGAACUAUUACAGGCUCUGUUUCCAUCUGUGCUAGUGAGACUGUGUAGAAUGUGCUAGACUAGGGGGAAAGUUUGACAAAUAAAGAUCUGUAAUCCUUU